CCACAGGCUCCCGGCGCGGCCCCUCACGGGCUUCCCCCGGCCGGCCCGCGCCUCCCGACCUCAGAAGGAGCAGCAGGGGCGGGCACUCUUCCCUCUGGGCUGUGCUUGCGGUCGGUAGCGAGGCAGGGGGCAUUAAUCCAGUGGAAAGCCGGGAAAGGCUUUCCAGGCGGGCGCCUCAGGCUGUGUCAGGCCCGGCUGGGCCUGGAUCUGGCCCUCUCGUGCAAGACUUUCAACAGGCACAGCUGGAGGGUGUAGGAAGACACAUGCCAAAGUGAGUCUCAAUCCCCUGAGACACCUGCAGGAGGCAGAACACUGCAUGGCAAAGCAGCACUUGCCACAGGCACACCACUGGGUUCCUCUGGCAAGACUCUUCAGCAGCUUGCGGGGAAGAGUUUUAUCCCAGUCAGACAGCUGUGCCUCCAAGUUGGUAGGCAUCCAACAAGACUCACAGCAUGGUAUUUCUGGACAUGCUCCAAGAAGAGAACGAUCCAAACAAGACCAUUUGCUGAUGAAAACAGAUCCGACGAGCUGCAGUCUGGAGGAUGGGAGCCCAUCCAGCUUGGAGGAAGUCAGGGAGGAAUAUGUCAGGAGGCAAUUUGGCAGUCAGAGCACUACAUCAGCCUCAGAAGGUAUGAGUGAAAGUGACUCUGCCAUCUGGUAUUUGCUUCAAGAAUGUGAAAAACAAACACUGGAAGAAUAUGAGAAGCCAGAAUUGGUCCAGUUUUCAGACACUUUAUCUCCAGAUCUAGUGGAGUUUGAGCGAUACCUGUAUUUUUAUAAGCACACAGUGGACCUGCUGAUAGAGCAUGGAAUUGUUUGCACUGGAGAGGUGCCUCUUCCUGAGGUCUCCACAGCUAUUUCCCAUCUCUGGCAAGAGCUUUCUGAAGAGAGCAGGGACAGCAUCUUGCAGUACUGUAGCCAGAGAGAUUUCCUCAUGGAUCCCAAGGCUGCUUGCCCAGAGCCUGCUUGCACUGAAGGUAGUGUGAGGGACAGCGGAGGUAACAGUGAGGAAGCCAGUGGUUCCUCAGUCUCCACACCAGAGGAAGUGAUGUUUGAAGAUGCAUUUGAUGUUGCUGCUGGGUUCCUUGACAGAAGCAAGGCUCAGGGAUUGUCCAGCCAGAGUUCAGCACUUGCAAGCUGCACUUCUGAAAAUCCAGAGGAUCACCAGAGACUCUACGUGCAGGUCACUGGCUUCCUAAAACACCUCUUCUUCACUAAUGCACAGUUUUGCCAGGAAGAAGAUCUUCACUACGAUCAUGAGACCGUGAUGCUGCGGUGCACUGAGACCUUCGAUGAUGAAGAUUUCUAAGCAGUGUUUCCCCUAAAGCUUUGCCAAGCACUGCCAGGUACAGCGGGCACGGGAGGAGGCCUCACCUCCCUCACUGAGCUACCUCUGUAAGCAGAGUGUGGAGACACUGUGUUGGAGUGGUUUGUUACCAUUGACUUCUCCUUCCCUCAUUAGUACUUCUUGAUAUAUCAGUUGAGUAUUUAUACUUUUUAAAGGUUUUAAAGGUCUUAGCUAUUUAUUAAUAAAUGGUUUUACCCAUUGCUAUUUAAUGUUUAGCCUUGCUUCACAAAGAAACAGAGGCAUGUACAGUUAAGUGACCUUGCCUAGCAUAAUGUGUGGGAAGAGCAGCAGGGAGGCCAGAUCAGUGACAGUCUGCACACUCCCACAGGAUGCAGGUCUCAGACUGCAACCUGCAAAAAUCACCUCCUGGCAGUGAUUACUUUUCCGGUGCAAUUUUUCAUCUUGGUCUCACAAGGAAAGAGGGAUUUCCUCACAGAGAGUGGAAUGAGGCUCUUCUGUCUCUUUAUGAGGACAGCAGCAGUGAGCACCCACUCCCCAGUCACCAAAAAAAAGUGCAGGCACAGUAAUACACUUUGGAUUAUUUACUUUGUGAAGUGUGUAAAGCUGAGUGAUCAGCCCUGUGCUCUUCUUCCACAUCUAAUUCUUGGAUGAGUAGUGCUGCUCAGAUAGUGUCUUGGAAUUAAAAGUGCUGUGAAAUUGAAUAAAGUCCUUCACAUCUCUGAGUUAUCAUUAAAGGCUCUCUGCAGACUUGAACAAACUGUAUUCUGAUAGUGGUUAUGUUGAGGUCGUGCUACCAGUCAUUGCAAACAGAAAGGAUGGAAGUUUUAUUUUACAACCUAAACUAAAGCUGGUGUGCCUAGCUAUC